AUGGCAGAAAUUGUUCCAACCUUCACGGCCCUCCAAGCAGUCGACCAUUCCUCGCCAGCAUCCAACGAGACGCUAGCACCUAACGGGCCGAAGGUUAACGUGGUCAAAGCUGCGAUCCAGUCAACUGCGGCGUAUCCCAGACAAGAAGGACACUGUGAUGCUAUAUUCACGGCUGGCAAACGUGGAAUUCAAGAGCUGCCAGUCAUGAGCACAAGGCGUCAACGAGGUCCCCGGUGGACUUCGCUUUUUAUGCUAUUCGCGUUGUUAUGUUGUUUGUUCGUGCCUGCUGAAUCUGUAAAGCACGAGAACUUCAAAACUUGCGACCAAUCCGGCUUCUGCAAGCGCAAUCGUCAAUUCGCUGAUGACGUAUCCGCUUCGAGCUCCUGGAGCUCACCCUACGUGCUCGAUCCCGCCUCGCUCACCUUCAAAGACGGCCAAUUGGAUACUAUUGUGCUCAAGACACUGAAGGAGGGCGAGGAGAAGGUCCGACUGCCUCUUACCGUUACAUUCCUCGAUUCCGGCGUUGCACGCGUUACCCUCGACGAGGAGAAAAGGGCAAAGGGCGACGUCGAGCUCCGACACGACAGCAAGGCGAGGAAGGAGCGAUACAAUGAGGCUGGCCAAUGGGCUCUCGUUGGGGGGUUGAAGCCCUCUGCGGGUGCUGCUUUGAGCCCUGAUGCAGCGGACGGAUAUACAAAGGUCGUCUACGGCAAGGGCAGCAAGCAUCAAGCUAUCAUUAGACACGCACCUUUCGGCAUUGAGUUUCAGCGAGAUGGCGAGACCCAGGUCAAGUUCAACGAGCGUGGCUUCAUGAACAUCGAGCACUGGCGCCGGAAGGUCGAGAAGCCUCAGGAAGAGAAGAAGGAAGGUGAGGAGGAGACCAAGGAAGAGGAGAAGAAGGUCGAGGAGACGGGCGAAGACGAGAGCACAUGGUGGGAUGAGAGCUUCGGUGGUAACACCGAUAGCAAGCCCAAAGGUCCUGAGGCUGUUGCGAUGGACAUCUCGUUCCCUGGCUACGCACACGUCUUUGGUAUUCCUGAGCAUGCGACUAGGCUAUCUCUCAAGACCACGAGGGGCGGUGACGAUGCAUACACCGAGCCAUAUCGCCUGUUCAACGCCGACGUCUUCGAGUACCUGAUCGACAGCCCCAUGACUCUCUACGGCUCUAUCCCGUUCAUGCAAGCUCAUCGCAAGGGCUCGACCGUCGGUGUCUUCUGGCUCAACGCCGCCGAGACUUGGAUUGACAUCACCAAGAAGAGGAACACGGCCAACCCACUUGCACUUGGUGUUGAAGGACAUACUGAUACUCAGACCCAUUGGAUCUCCGAGAGUGGCCUGCUGGACGUUUUCGUUUUCCUUGGACCGACUCCCCAGGACCUCACUCGCCAGUAUGGUGAACUGACUGGUUAUACUGCCAUGCCUCAGUCCUUCGCCAUCGCCUACCACCAGUGCCGCUGGAAUUACGUCUCUGAUGAAGAUGUCAAGGAUGUAGACCGUAGAUUCGACAAGUUCAACAUCCCCUACGAUGUCAUCUGGCUCGACAUUGAGUACACACAAGAGAAGAAGUACUUCACCUGGGAUCCUCUGACCUUCCCCAACCCUGAUACCAUGCACGAGCACCUUGACAAGCAUCAAAGGAAGCUCGUUGCCAUCAUUGACCCUCACAUCAAGAACACUCACGACUACCCCGUCAUCGACGAGAUGAAGAAGAAGGACCUGGCUGUGAAGAACAAGGACGGUGCCCAGUACGAAGGCUGGUGCUGGCCUGGCUCUUCCAUGUGGAUCGACUGCUUCAACCCUGCCGCCAUCGACUGGUGGAAGAGUCUCUUCAAGUACGACAAGUUCGUUGGCACCGCACCCAACACUUUUAUCUGGAAUGAUAUGAACGAGCCAUCGGUCUUCAAUGGCCCUGAGACGACUAUGCCCAAAGACAACAUCCACCAUGGCAAUUGGGAACACCGCGACGUGCACAACAUCAACGGAAUGACUUUCCACAACGCCACGUACCAGGCCAUCAUGGAACGUAAGAAGGGCGAGUUGCGCCGACCGUUUGUGCUAACGCGUGCCUUCUACUCUGGCAGUCAACGCAGCGCUGCCAUGUGGACGGGUGAUAACCAAGCGGACUGGCCUCACCUGGAAGCUUCCAUUCCCAUGGUGCUCAACCAGGGAAUUUCCGGUUUUCCAUUUGGUGGAGCAGAUGUUGGCGGCUUCUUCGGUAACCCGAGCAAAGAGCUCUUCACUCGUUGGUACCAAGCUGGUAUCUAUUACCCGUUCUUCCGCGGCCACGCUCACAUCGAUACUCGUCGUCGUGAACCCUACGUUGCUGGCUCCCCUUACACAGAGAUUGUUACUCAGGCUCUUCGUCUGCGGUAUCAGCUUCUGCCUGCUUGGUACACUGCUUUUCAUGAGGCUCAUACAAGCGGCGCUCCCAUCAUCCGACCCAACUUCUACGUCCACCCUGACGAUGAGGCUGGUUUCGCGAUCGAUGACCAGUUGUACAUCGGCUCUACUGGUCUGUUGGCCAAGCCAGUCACCAAGGAGGGUGCUGAUAGCGUCUCUGUCUAUAUUGCAGAUGACCAGCCUUACUACGAUUACUUCGACUACACCACGUACCAAGGCAAAGGUCACCAUACCGUCCCUGCCCCUCUAGAGAAGAUUCCUCUUCUCAUGCAGGGCGGCAACGUCAUCUCGCGCCGCGACCGUCCCCGUCGCUCCUCAGGCCUGAUGAAGUAUGACCCAUUCACGCUCGUCGUCGCUCUUGACAAGGACGGCAACGCAGACGGUACCCUCUACCUUGACGACGGCGAAACCUUUGACUACGAAAUGGGCGCUUUCAUCCACCGCCGCUUCAACUUUGACGGCCCCCGCCAGGUCUUCACAUCGUCUAAUCUCGACACGAGCACCAAACGUACCGUCAAGUACGAGAAGUACGUCAAGACCAUGGAGAAUGUGCGUGUAGAAAAGAUCAUCAUCGUUGGCGCGCCAAAGGCUUGGAAGGAUAAGCAUGAGGUCGUCGUCAUGCAAGAGGGUGAGAAGGAGACACAGAGGAGGAAGCCUGUGCCUAUUGAGUACCAUGCCGCUGAGGGCAAGAAGGCGGCGUUUGUGAUUGUGAGGGAUCCCAAGGUUUACAUCACGAGAGGGUGGAAGGUGGACUUUGGCGACAAGGGAGCCGGGCAUGAGGGGCAUGGACAUGCGCACUAA